AUGUGGGAAGAAUCCACGCGGGGCCGGGAGAGGCAGCAGUUCAAGGAGCAGAACCCAUACGGCGACCACGAUGCCGUAGGUGAAAAGGCAUCUGCCGUCGCCGCCGCCUCUGCAACAAGGAACAAUGCAGACAAGAUCAGAUGCCUCGAUGGCCUCCGUGGAAUCGCCUGUCUGCUCGUCUUCAACUACCACUUCGUAUGGCCCUGGACACCGGCCAUCAUGCUUGGCUAUGGAGCCAUGCCCCCCGGAUCGCCCGAGCCGUACUUUGAACGGUCAUCCCUGCCCAUUCUGUGCCUCUUGCAACGCGGACGGCCCAUGGUGGCCAUCUUCUUCGCCGUCUCGGGAUACGUCCUCUGCCGACAUAUUCUGAGAGCGAUUCACGAGCGACGCUUCGAGGCCGCUUACCAGAGCCUGGCAUCUUCUGUCUUUAGGCGCGUGUUCCGCCUUUACAUCCCUCCCACCAUCAGCAUGUUCCUCGUUGCGCUGCUUGCUCAGAUGGGCGCUUUCAAGUCCGAAUUUGAGAUUUACAAAGGCCCCGACUCGAGGUACAUCAACGGUACUGUGACUGUCGCUACGCUGAACAACACCUGUGUGAACGGCACGUACUCCGUUGAAGGAGCUGUGGGAAUUGCCAAGUUUCUCGGAUUACAAACCCCGUCUUUCCUGGGGAAUGUCACGACCAACGGUACGAACACUCUCUGUCUUAAUGCCACGUCCCAACUAUUCAUGCCUCCGAUGCUAUAUGCAUUGGCGGAUGAUAUUGAGGCCGCUUCUAAGGUGGUGAAUGAGACGAGCAGCCUGAACGGCACUGCGAUCAACAUCACGAUGCAGGAUGUUGGAGACAAGGAGACACCUGAGAAACACAGGUCCUACCACGAUCUCUUGCACUUUCACUCGAGACCGGCCCUUCUCGAUGAGGAGAAAGACUCGGCCAACGUCACCAAUCCGGUGAACUUCACUUGGGUCCAGCUGGGCGGCUCAUGGGAAGAGCACCCCUUCAUCCACGACAAUAUCACCUAUGCUCUCAAGAACUUCACGAGAGCUUACGUCGAGUGGGCUAACCCUUUCAACUUUGGCCACUACCACACCCGCUACGACCCGCACACCUUUACCAUCCCGAUGGAGCUCCGCGGCUCAAUGUUCAUUUACCUCUUCCUGCUCGGCACGGCAGCUAUCCAGGCAAAGUGGCGCCUUCGAAUCGGUGCCUUCCUCUCCGUCUACAGCUUGAUCUUGGGACGAUGGGACAUGGCCACGUUCAUGGGCGGCGUCCUGCUCUCCGAAGCAGACAUUAGACGGGCUGACCGAGGACUGCUCCCUCCAGUGAAGAAUGGCAAGAAAGGCCAACAGGCAACCCUCGGACAAAGGUUCCUCGGAUCGAGGACAGCUCGAUGGGGGGCCCUCUUCGUGGCACUCUACCUGCUCUCCUACCCCGAUGCCGGCGCCGAAUGGACGCCCGGCUUCACUCUCCUCUCGUCGCUCGUGCCCCGGUACUACAUUCCCCUCUCAGGCUGGAUGUUUUACCAGGCAAUGGGCGCCAUGCUUCUUCUGCCCUGCGUCCUUCACAGCCCCUUCCUCCGCGGCCUGCUUGAGGGACGGGUGGCGCAGUACCUGGGCAAGGUCAGCUUCUCGUUCUAUCUCGUUCAUGGACCGGUGCUGCAUAGCCUGGGUUUCUGGAUCAUGCCUAGACUCUUUGAGCGUUUCGGCCGCAACCUGGGGUUCGUUGUCGGCUGGGUUAUCUUGCUGAGCGUGUCGCUGUAUUUGUCGGACUGGUGGUGCAAGAAGAUCGACACUUGGAGCGCGAGUGUCGGACGUCGCGUAGAAAAGGCAUUGAAAGACUGA